AGAACAUCUCAACUUUGUAUUACAUCGAAAUCAUGACAAUCCGCUUAAUCGAAGCCUCGGAUGAGCAUCUUCCUGCAAUAGCUCGUAUCGCAACCUCGGCUUUCCACCCCAACACAGAUGCUCUGUCACGACGCUUAUUUCCCCCUCACCUACAACCAACAAACCUCCCCGAUGGCGAAGCAGCAUAUGACUGGCGCUUUGCACGCAAAGCAUCAAGCCUAGCAUCGCCAGAGUCUCAUCUCGUUGUAGCUGUUGAUGACGAAAAGUUACAAGAUGACCAAGUCGUCGGCUUCUCGCUUUGGGAUGCGCCUCCUGCUACUGGCGGUGACUCUGGGCCCAGCAAGGAGAUACCAUACACUUCGCUCGAUAAGGAGGCCUAUAAUGAGAUGAAAAAGACUGUGAAUCAAGAUGCUGUUGAUACUUUUGGAAAACAAGGCAUCGCUGGUGUUUGGCAUCUUGACUAUAUCGGUGUCAGCCCCGGUAACCAGAGACGUGGUAUCGGCAAGAUGCUGUUACAGUGGGGUCUUGAUCGUGCGGCUGCGGAAGGAAAAGAUUGCUAUUUAGUAGCUACUGAAGCAGGUCGGCCAUUGUAUGUGGCUGCUGGCUUUAAGGAUAUUCGAGUGGUAUCGAUUCUUGGUAUUCCCCAUUAUUCAAUGAUUCUGAGGGCUGGCAGUUCAUAAGACAAGCAAGCCUCGAAAGGGUAG